AUGAAUUUAGAGGAUAUAAAUUCAAGUUUUGAAAAAAAAAAGAAAAUUAAUGACAAAGUAAAUUAUGAUUAUACAAAUAAUAAUAACAUAACAGAAAGCAACAUAAAUGAUAAAAAUGAGCAUAUUAAUAAUAUAAGUGAUAAUAAUACUAAAGAGAAAGAUUUAAAUAGCAAUGCUUCGAAUGACAAUAAUUUAAAUAAUAAAAAUGAAUAUGAAAAAAGCGUAAGUAAUAGUAAUGAAAAAUCUGAAAAUUUGCAAUAUCAAAAGGUAUUUAACAAUAUUGUAUCUAGUAGAGAUUUAAAAAAUAAAGAUAAUGAAGAUGAGUAUGGAAAAAAUUUCGUUAAUAAAAUGUGUAGUAAUCAAAAUAGAAGUGAUGAACAUGUUGAAAAAAUUUCAUCAGAAGUUGAAUGUGCUAUAUGUAUGAAACUUUUAAUUGUACCGGUUACAAUACCAUGUGGUCAUAAUUUUUGUAGAGACUGUUUAGAAAAAGCUAAAGAAUAUAAAAAUUCUUGUCCACUAUGUAGAUCAAAUAUGGGGGACAAAAAAAACAUAAACAUACUGUUAGGCGAGUUAAUUAAAGAGAGAUAUCCUAUAACAUAUGCAAAAAGAUUAGAAGAAAUAGAAAAUUUAAAAAGAGAAAAAGAGAAUAAAAUUAUGAAACAAAGGAAUGAAGCUAUUAAAAAUGCUUCAAUAAUUCCUAUAUUUAAGAUUCCAUUAAUAUUUGGACCUUAUUUCCCUGGGGAGGUUUUUAGUUUAACUAUAUAUAGCGUAAAAUUUAUGAAUCUUAUUCAAUUUAUAUCUCCUGAAGGAAUUUUUGCAAUUGCAUCAAAUAAAAAAAAUAAUGAUAAUAGUAAAGUAUAUGGUAUUCAUGUAAAAAUUUUAGAACAGAAAAAAACUAAUCAAGUUUUUUACAUAAAAUGCAUAGCUAAUUUUCGAGUUAUUUUAUAUAAUUUAACACAUUUUAUUGAGUAUGAAAAUUAUGUAGCUAGUCAUUCUCCUAUAUUUGAUGAAACAAUGCACAUAAAUUUAGUUGAAAAUAAUUUAAGAAGUUGUAACAGUAAUAAAAGCAAUAUGGUUAAUAUAGGAUUAGAAACAAUACAUAAUUUAAAAAGGUUAUUAAUUCAAGUAGAAAAUGAGGAAGAUUCCAAUUUAAUUUCCGAUUAUUAUAGACAUUAUAAAAAUAUAACAAAUAAUAUAGAAAUCACUGAUUCUAAUAUUUCUAGUGUUAUUAAAUAUUAUUCUUGUGUAAUUUUAUCUAGAAUAUGCUUAUUAUGCAUAAAAAACCAACUAAACCGUUUUGGAAAGUCAGGUAUUAGACUAUUUAACAAUAAAUUUAGAAAUUUAAAACUUGCUUCAUCUGAACCGUCCACUGAAGAAUUAGAAAUGUUUUCAUACUGCUUAAGCAGUGCAAUUAUAUCAAAAUCUAUACUAAAAUGGAAAUGGUUUAAAACAACAGAUACUAGUGAAAGAUUAGAAAGUAUAACUCAAUACUUUUUAAAAAAGAAAAAUAAAAGUAUUUUAGCACUUGAUAAUUCACGCUCACCUAUUAUUCAUAGAUUAUUUAUGUUAGAUUCUAUAACAUCAUCUUUAUCAAUUAUUAUCUUCGUUUUAAUCAUAAUUUUUGUUAAAUAUUUUGUAUAUUAA